GUGGUUGCCAUAGCGACUGAACGGCGAGAGGCUAGACUGACUAGGUAGGAGCCAGCUCCUGUUGACGGGCCGGUCCUUGAGGUCGUGAGGAGGACUCGGCGCACUCCAUGGGAUACCCACUGAGACCUCCGGACUCUGAGUGCGUGCGGAAUCUCUGUGCCCAACUGGGUGGUGCCUCCAGAGCCAGAAGGUGUUUAGAAGAAUGCGAGGCUGAGGUUUUCCUCAAAGGGAUUGAACAUGCCCCAGAGCUUAGCUAACAUGGACAGCAUUCUCCUGAAAGAUGAAGACCCUGGCAAACGGAUCAAGCAUGGCGACAAAGUACAGAAAGGUUUUACCGCUGCAUACCCAACCCAAGCCUCCAUUCCUUAUAAAUACAGAAUAUCAAUAAUCCCGGAAUCAGAAAAAAAGGGAUUUAACAGCCAAGCCAGGAGAUUCUAUCACAAAAAGGACAACAUCCCAGGCCCUGGGUUCUACAACGUCAUCCACCAGUCUCCAGUGUUCAACAAUGUCUCUCUUUCCAAGAGAGGAACCUGCACUUUUCCUUCCACGUGUGCCCGGCUGGGCAACAUCAUUUCUAAAUAUCCUGCUGCCAAUGCCUACACCAUCCCCUCAGAGUUGGUUUCCAAGAAGGACUUCAGCAAUUCCUGUUCCAGCAUGUUCCAGCUGCCAAGCUUCAUGAAAGUGGUCAAAUCGGAAACCCCCGCCCCAAACCAGUACCACGCCGCCAGCGCCAGCUGCAAACAGAGAAGCAAUCUCUCUGCUCGAGUUGGGUUUCUGUCAAAAACAGAAAGAGGAGUCUUCCCCUUGGCCCGCUCGGCAGGGCCAGCUCCAGGGCAUUACAACAUCAAUGAAUCUUUGGUAAAGCAGUCACCAAAGAUCUUAGUGUCCUGCUUCAAAUCCAAAACUGGUCGUGGAUUAAAACUGACGUCAACAGGCCCAGGGCCUGGUUACUACAACCCCAAUGAACACACCAAGAUUCUGAAAAAGCCUCAUAUCCCGAAAGGUACGCUCCUGAACUUUUCUGCCCACCCUCUGCCUCUGCCCCCAAAGCCGCCUCUCCCUGGUCCUGGUCAGUACGAGAUUGUGGACUACGAGGGACCCCCUAAGCAUUUCAUCUCCAGUGCGUCAUUUGUGUCCAAUACCAGCCGGUGGCCAGUACUGUCAUCCAAACCAAGCCUGCCCGGCCCAGCCACAUACAAGCCAGAGAUCCCAGGGAAGCAGUCCUUCCUCUACAACGAGGACAACAAAUGGAUCCCAGCCAUCUAGUGAUGCCACGGCCGCUGGCGGGGAGGCUCCUCCAGGCAGGCCCCCGACCCUGCUCCCCAGGACAUCCAUCAGCAGAACACGCCUUUCCUCUGUCACCCAGCCCGGGGUCACAUACUGUCUGGAGCUGCCUUCUGGAGACUGGCCACCCCUGCCCCUCUCAUGCGUUCAUUCCUGAACAGAAAGGAGGAGCAGGCAGAGUUCUCUGGCUACCUCUAUGUCAGCCUCCAAGCUGGUUUGGGUGACUCUCCUCCCCAGAGUGAAGGGAUCUUGAAGUAUGGAUUCUGAUGUGGCGCUCCGGCCUCCUGCCAAGACAGCCUGUGGCGAAUUCCUUGCUUAGAAGCCAGUCAGCCAGGGCUCCGAAGCCUGGUCCAUGGGUCCUGACCUCCAAUUGCCCUUGACUUCUGGGAGGCAGGAGGCUUGGAGAUGCCUACAACAGAAACACAGGGAUGUUCCCUGGGCACCCCUGCCCUAGCUAUGACUUGUUAUCACACAGUAAGAACAUGGAAACCGGUCAUGAAUCACUCAUCAACCAUGGACUUGUAGGCCAUGUCUGUAUUCAUCCGCAGGCAAGGCAGGACCCAGAUGGAGCUAGAGGCCUGGAACCACAGUCCCCAGGGCAGGGAGGACCUGUGUCCCUUCCUCCAUGUUCUCACUUCCCCAACCUUGCCUCGCCUUCCUGACUUCCCACUCCAGUUCUGAGAAAGCAUCAGUUUCUAAGUUGGACCGUGUCUCUAACAGACCUCAGCAAUGGCUAGAGGAAGAGCUGACCAAGAACCGAGAUGAAAUUAAACUGACCACACAUCUUCUCUUUUCCCAGGUGUUGAUAAUGUCUGCCACUUUUCUAGAUGGAAUCCUCCUGGGCUCCCUUCCCUCCUCCAGCCCCUGAUCCUCUUCCAGGAUGCAUGGGCCUCUUGCUUCCCAGGGCCCCUUCCUUGAAGUUCUCCGGGAACUGUGCAUCCUGGGCCUCCCAUCCAGACUGGCUUCUUGAUCGGCUUUUCUCUUGGGGUUGGGGCGGGGCAUGAGGAAGAGGGAGGGAAGGGAUGAAGAAACUUAUCCAAUUAAAUGGAAUUAUUGCUUCUCACA